AUGGCGGACUCAAACAAAACCAUCACCCAUCAAGUCACAGUCCUGGUCGUCGGAGGCGGUCCGGUAGGACUGAUAACUGCAUGGGGACUGGCGCGCAGAGGCGUACAUUGUAUGCUGGCUGAGCGCAACAUGACUACAACAAAAGCACCGAAAAUGGAUAUCACAAACUGCCGGUCGAUGGAAUUGUUGAGAUCCAUGGGUCUUGCUGAUGAUCUGCGCAAGCAAGGUGUCAGCCAGGAUAUCUCCUUUGAUGUCCUCUUUUCUUCAGGGCUUGGAGAGAAGGGAGAGAAGAUUGCACGAUGGAAUCUUCCAUCUCCAAACAUAUGGCGUGAGAUGAUCAAGGGGAAAAACGAUGGGACGAUGCCACGCGAGCCAUAUCAACGAUGCUCACAGGCUGUUUUCGAAGCAUGGCUCAAACCCUUCAUUGAUGCCCAUCCGUCUGUUGAGUCCCAUUUUGGAUUGAAAUUCGAGUCUCUCGAAGAAGACGACGAGGGAGUGACCAGCCAUUUGGUCGAUGUUACCACCGGUCAGAUACAUGUCGUCAAAAGUACAUAUGUGGUUGGUUGCGACGGUGCUGGAAGUCGUGUGAGGAGAAGUAUAGGAAUUGAUCUGACUGGAGGACCAGUUCCCAACAAAAUGUAUCUCGUCCAUUUCAAAUCACGAGAUCUGACGAGAUUACACCGUCAAGGUCAAUUCUGGCAUAUAUUCUUCGCCACCGGGGCUAUUCUGAUCAGUCAGAAUGAGGUCGAUGCCUGGACAGCUCAUCUUCCCAUGCCGCUGGAGGAGAAUACUGAGAGCAUCAACCCAUAUGAAAUUGUCUCCCAAGUCCUAGGGGGUAUCGAGGGUCAAUUCAAUAUUAAUAUUGAUGAGAUCUUGCUGCAUAACACAUGGAGACCGACUCUUGCCGUUGCCAAUUCUUAUAGAACGGAAAAGGGAAGGGUUUUCCUUGCCGGUGAUUCUGCUCACCAAAAUGUUCCUAUUGGUGGAUAUGGAAUGAAUACAGGCCUUGGAGAUGCAUUCGACAUUGCAUGGAAGCUUUCUGCCGUUCUGAAUGGGUACGGAGGGGAGGAUUUGCUUGCCUCAUAUGAGAUAGAGCGACGACCUGUGGGCCUUCGCAACGUCGAGCGCUCCCGUGUCCAUGCAUCUGUUCACGAAGGGUGGGCAAGGAUAGCGGCUGAACGAGGUCAAGAUGUCCUUCUGUCCGAUACCGAUGAAAGUCGGAAGGUAAAGCAGGACAUUGCAAAUUUCGUCAACACUAAUGAUGGCGAGAACAAAGAUCACGGAAUUGAAAUGGGAUAUUCCUUUCCCGAUUCACCGGUCGUUGUGACGGAGGUCAGGACGGCGCAAGAGAAAGAACCAGAAUGGUCUCCUCGACACUAUAUGCCGUCUACGAAGCCAGGCAGCCGUGCACCCCAUGUCUAUCUCCAAGAUGGGAAGACGAGUAUUCUGGAUCUGUAUGGCAUGGACUAUACGGUGGUUGACUUUACCUUGGAUGGUGAGAUAUCAAAGGUGUUUGAGGACACAGCCCAGAAACUCAGUGUCCCUAUCCAGCGAGUCCAUCUACCAGAUGAACCACAUGUUGCAUCUAUCUGGCAGAAGAGUGUUGUCCUUGUGCGGCCAGAUGGCUUUGUCGCUUGGCGGAGUGAUGAUAGGCCUGGUCAAGUAUCAGUCACCGCACAAUUGGCCGAGGAUAUCAUCUCGAGGACUGUUGGAAGACACAAUGUCAGAUGUCGACAAUAA